AUGGCCGACAGAAACAGCAGGUUAAGUGCUAAGAAGAAAGAGAAGAAGGUGGAAAACAAAACCAGCGAUGAGAAGGACAAAGGAAAUGGGAAGGAAAAAAGUGCGAAAAGGCCUGAGAAAGUUUUGAAGAAGCCGGAGAACACCCCCGAGCAGCCGACGGCGGAAGACGAGAAGAGGAAUGGGGAAAGCGCAGGGGCCUCAGGAGCGGAGGUGGCCAACAGUGAGGAAAAAUCAGAGUAUCAGCCUAUAGAGCUGCCGCCGUUUGAGAUUGUCACAGGGGAGCUGAUGAGCCAGUUUUACUUCAAGUUUCAGUUCAGGAACGUGGAGUACUCAUCCGGGAGGAACAAAACCCUCCUGUGCUUCAGAGUGGACACAGCAGGAGGCAGCGUGGACCCUCUGAAAGGUUAUAUGGAGGAUGAACACGCCACCUCUCAUGCUGAAGAAGCCUUCUUUCAGCAGGUGCUCCCGAACGCGUCACAGGAGUAUGAUGUUACAUGGUAUGUAUCAUCCAGUCCCUGCUUGGAUUGUGCAGCUAAGCUGGCCACCGUCCUUCAGCAGCGCAAAAAGCUGCGCCUCUGCAUAUUCUGUUCCCGUCUCUUUGAGUGGGAGGAGCCCGAGAUAGUAGAGGGGCUCCGAGCUCUGGUGAGAGCUGGCUGCAAACUGCGGAUGAUGAAGCCGUCCGACUUUGUGCACGUUUGGGAGACGUACGUGGACAAAGAUGAGGAGAGCUUUACACCCUGGGAGGACUGUCAGGAGAACUAUGAGUACUAUGUGGACAAACUGGCUGACAUCCUCAAGUAG